CCAUCCAUCUAUCUUCACCGCUGGGUGUUGCAUUGUUUGUUCCACUUACAACUUUCUUUUUCUGUUUCGAGAUGAAGAAGAAAGCGGAGCUAGUGUUCAUCCCAGUGCCUGCAAUGGGCCAUUUGGUAUCCGCAAUUCAAUUGGCUAAGCUUUUAGUGAAUCUCAAUUUCAACCUCUCCAUCAAAGUCCUCGCCAUCAAGCCACCCCGCGACGCAAAAGUCUCCGCCUACAUCAACUCUCUCACCGCCGAUACAACCGCCGCCGCCACCAUCAGUCGCAUCAAAUUCAUCGUCCUCCAACAAUCUGGCGCAGAAGUUGAUGUUUUCAGGUUUACUGGUUCUUUAGUUCAAACCCACGGGCCGCUUGUGAAAGAGGCCGUCGCCAGCAUAGUUGAGCACGCCAACUCCGUUCCAGACUCACCUCGACUCGCGGGGUUCGUUAUCGACCUGUUUUUAACCCAGCUCGUAGACUUGGCUAACAAGUUCGGCGUUCCUAGCUACGCGUUUUUCACUGCGGGUGCUGGUUUUCUUGGCUUCCAAUUCUACACUCAAGCUCUUCACGAUGAGCAAAACGUUGAUUUCGUCGAGUUAAAAGACUCGGACACUGAGUUUACCAUUCCAUCAUAUGUCAACCCCGUUUCCACUAAACUAUUUCCGUCUGUUUACCAUCUUCCUUAACAUGGCAAAAAGGGUACGGCAGGUAAAGGGUAUAAUGGUAAAUACGUUUUCUGAGUUCGAAUCCCAUGCUGUUAACUCUCUCUCUAAUGACAAGCUUCAAAUUCCACCCGUUUACCCAGUGGGACCCAUAUUGAAUCUCGAAGACUUAAGCGGAGACGAUCAAAAUUAUGAGACAAUCAUGCGUUGGCUUAACGAACAACCUCG